AUGAAAGGACAUAACACAGUGUCUAGUGCAUUGCUGGAACCAUUACAAAAGAUGAAUCCAUUUAAAGAUUCAGCACCUGCAAAUCAUGGCCGACGAGCAAGUAUUUCUUACGAUGAAGGAGAAGGGCGAAGUCAUCUUGUCGAUGCAAAAGACAACGAAGGUCAAACAAUGCGAAUUGGCAGUACGAGGCCUAGCAGAACAUCCAACUGGCUAGCGGGUAUGGUUGAAGACAAGAAUCAACGAUGGAGGAGAGCCAUGGAAGACGCUCAUAGUUGUUGGUAUGAUUUUGGCGGUAACCAGGAUGAUGGCUUUAUAGGCGUUUAUGACGGCCAUGCUGGAGCCCAAGCUUCUGACUACUGCAGAAAAGUUCUGCAUAAGAUUUUAUUGGAAAAACUGAGAAAAUUCCCCGACCGCCUUGUGACAGAUUUGCUUGAUGAAACCUUCGUUGAGGUCAACGAUAGCAUUGCAAAAGAAACCAAGAACGAAGUAUGCGGUUGUACCUCUGCUGUUGCAUUUUUCCGCUAUGAAAACAAUAGAUCUCGAAGAGUAUUGUAUACAGCUAACGUGGGUGAUGCUCGUGUUGUUCUUUGCCGCGAUGGAAAAGCUAUUCGUCUCUCUUACGAUCAUAAAGGAUCCGAUGAGAACGAGUCUCGCCGAGUCACUCAGUUAGGAGGAGCGAUGGUGCAGAACCGGAUUAACGGUGUUCUUGCCGUUACAAGAGCCUUAGGCGACACUUAUCUGAAAGAACUCGUGAGUGCUCAUCCCUUUACGACAGAGACACGAAUUUGGUCAGGUCACGAUGAAUUUUUUAUUGUAGCUUGCGAUGGACUUUGGGAUGUAAUUUCAGACCAAGAAGCUGUUGAUUUCGUUCGGAAAUUCACCAGCUGUCGCGAAGCUGCCUUACGACUAGUCGAGCAUGCAUUAAAACGAUUGAGUACAGAUAAUAUAACCUGUAUUGUUGUGAACUUGACGAGGACUCCUGGUGAUGUUGACGAACCCGGAGUUAUGGUUGAUUCUAAUAAUGAUUAUAGCAAUGAUUAUUAUUAA